AUGGGAAAGAAGAAUAAAAAGGAGAAGAAAGGGAAGGGACAAGAGAAAACUGCCCUAAAAACUGAAAAGAAGGCCGAGAAACGAGCUAAAAGGGAGUUAGCAGACAUCGGAGAGGAUGAAAUCAAGAAACAGAUAGCUGAGUAUCAAGAUAAGGCAAAAGACAGAACAGAAGUUAUUGAAGAAAAAUGUCCCCCACCCUCCCCAAGAUCAAAUAUAAGUUUAACUCCUCAUCCUGAUAAAGAAGAAUUGUUUUUAUUUGGUGGAGAAUAUUACACUGGUAAAACUAUGACCCUAUAUGAUGAGUUAUAUAUUUAUAAUAUUAAGAAAAAUGAAUGGAGUAGAAUAACAGCCCCGAACGCCCCGCCCCCUCGUAGUUCACAUCAGGCAGUAACAUUAAGCCAGGGAGGUGGACAGUUGUGGAUAUUUGGAGGAGAGUUUUCAAGUCACAGUCAGUCUCAGUUUUAUCAUUAUCGAGAUCUGUGGGUUUAUCAUAUUAAACAUAAACAAUGGCAGCUCAUCAGUGCACCAGGAGGUCCAUCAUCUAGAAGUGGACAUAGAAUGGUGGCUUGGAAGAAACAGCUGGUAGUAUUUGGUGGCUUCCAUGACAAUUUAAGGGAGUAUAAAUAUUUCAAUGAUCUGUACAUGUUUGACACUGAGAACUAUACCUGGUCACGUAUUACUACAUCUGGGAUAACUCCAUCACCACGAUCAGGAUGUGUCCUGACGGUAAAUCAGGAUACAGGGAGGAUUGUCGUCUAUGGUGGAUUCUGUAAGGAGAAAGUGAAGAAGGAUGAGGAGAAGGGGACAGCAUUCACUGAUUUGUAUUCUUUAACUAUGGAAGGUAAAGGUGAAUCAGUGAAGUGGAAAUGGUCUCAGAUGAAACAGUCUGGUACACGACCUUCCACACGGUGUGGUGUGUCUGCUACUGUUGCCCCUGGUAACAGAGCUAUACUGUUUGGUGGUGUAUAUGAUCAGACGGGUAAGAAAAAUGUCACGGAAAAAAAGAAGCGAAGGAAAAAUAAAGGAGGAGAUUCAGAACUUGAAGAGGAAAUCAUCGAAGAUACAGAGGAAUGUCUGGAUGAUCUAAAACUUGAGAAACAAAGGGACAUAACUCAAGGAACUUCUACUGCUGAGGUUCCUAUGGAAACUGACUCUAGUGUCUUUACUGUGAAAAUCGGACCUCAAUCUUCGAAAACUUUGGAUAAUUCUGACCAAUCAGGGGGCUCCUUUUUGCCUUCACCCAGAAUGAACUGUGCGUUAUGUGUCAAAGGAAGUAUAUUGUAUUUAUAUGGCGGACUUGUCGAGGAUGGUGGGAAACAGAUAACUCUUGCUGAUUUUUAUUCUCUGGAUCUCCAGAAGUUGGAUGAAUGGAAUAUUAUAAUAGCAGAAGAUAAGAAAUUACAGGUGUGGGAGGAGUCAGAUGAUGAGGGUGAAGAUGAUGACAGUGAGAGUGGCAGUGGAGAAGGGGCAGAAGGCGGAGAUGAAGAGUCCACUGAUGAUGAUUCAGAUGAUGAAGAUAUUACUUUUGAAGAUGCUCCAAAACAGAAUCCUGAUGAGAGUGCAGAAGUUUAUUUUGCAAGAUCGAAAGAGUACUGGAUAACUAGAGCUGAGGAGAUAUUUGAAGAAGAUAGGUCUAGGUUGUCCAGUCAGAAAAUGGAGAAGCUUGCCUUUGAAUUAUGUAAGAAAGCUCUAUUAGAGAUGAAUAAAUAG